CUUAUUGGACUCUCUUUAGAGAAGGCAAUUUCAGAGACAACAAUCACUUCAAAUACAAAGAGUAACAAGGACACAGAUAGAGAAAGAAAGUGAAAAAGCGACAGCCUUACAAACAACACAGAAGCGAAAGAGAAAGAGAAAGAGAAAAAAAAAUUGUUCAUUUUUAAAUCCCACAGAAGCGAAAACGAUACCUGAUGAGAGCCUUUGCAACCUUUUCCGACCUGCAAUUCCAUGAGACUGAGCAGCAAAUUGGAGCAAAAGAAGGAGGCAGGUUAACUUAUUGUGAUGGUGGAAGAAGUGAGGACUAUUAAAUGAGAUGAUUACACUCUUCAACUGUUCAAUUGUUGGAGGAAUUCAAUACUUCGAAUAAUCCAAUGUCCCAAGAUUAUCAUGACCAAAGUCUUGCUAGUUUCUCGAGUGGAUUCGAGAGACUUCAAGACGAAGAACAACAGCAGCAACAACACAUCGCUCACCAGAUCCAUCGAGAAAAAUUAAGAGUAGAAGGGUUUGAGUCGCCACUGUCCUUGGUAGGUGUUGAAGAAGAAGGAGAAUCAAGUGGAAUCCAAGUUUAUGAGACAGACGGAAUGUUGUCUGAAAUGUUUAAUUUUCAGACAACAGCCACGGCCGGUUCUGCAACUGAGUUGUUGCAGAAUCAAUUGUCUCAUAACUAUAGGCACCCGAAUCAAGUGCCACAUCGUCAUCAAGAACAACCUCCGAACACUAACUUGGGAAAUGAGUGGUUUGCUAACCAACAAGUGGUCGUAGUUGGUGGAAGUUUGCAGGUACCAUUUGGGGAUGCAAAAGAUCAUGUGGACGCGAAGGUAUUGAGUAACCAUGAUAGUGUAACUGCUCAUUACCAGCGUCAACAUAAUCAAGUACCAAGAACAUAUAACGCGGAAUCCAUGCAACUUUUUCUUAUGAAUCCACAUCCAAGGUCAGCAUCACAAUCUCCUUCACAACCUACUAGUUCAAAUCUUCAAGGGUUUCCUAGUCCAGCGACCGGAGGGCGUUUCGGUCAAUUCAUAUGUGGAGGAGCAAGUACUUCUAAUUCAGUUGGAGGAGUAAAUGUAAUUGAAGGGCAAGGUCUUUCAUUAUCUUUGUCAUCCACUUUGCAGCAUUUGGAAGCAAACAAGGUUGAAGAAUUAAGGAUGAGUGGUGGAGGAGAAAUGUUGUUUUACAAUCAAGAAAGUCAAAAUCAUCGUCAAUUUCAUCAUAUUGGUGGGUCAUCACUAGGACUAGUCAAUGUGUUGAGGAAUUCAAAGUAUGCCAAAGCAGCACAAGAGUUGUUGGAAGAGUGUUGUAGUGUUGGGAGAGGUCAAUUAUUCAAGAAGACAAACAAAGUUUCCAAGAAUAAAAACACAAAAUCAGCCUCUAACCCUAGUGGAAGCAAAAAUAAUCCAUCUUCUUCUAAGGAUAACCCUCCUAAUUUGUCAGCUUCAGAUAGACUUGAUCAUCAGAGAAGGAAGUUUAAACUUUUAUCCAUGCUUGAUGAGGUAGACAAAAGAUACAACCACUAUUGCGAACAAAUGCAGAUGGUAGUAAACUCAUUCGACCUCGUCAUGGGUUUUGGAGCUGCAGUUCCUUACACAGCACUCGCACAGAAAGCCAUGUCACGGCAUUUCAAGUGUCUAAAAGGUGGCAUCGCCGCGCAAUUGAAGCAGAGCUGUGAACUGCUGGGCGAAAAAGAUGCAAGCACUUCGGGACUGACCAAAGGAGAGACACCAAGACUGAAAGUGUUGGAACAAAGCUUGAGGCAACAAAGGGCAUUUCAACAAAUGGGAAUGAUGGAACAAGAAGCUUGGAGACCACAAAGAGGAUUGCCUGAACGUUCUGUCAACAUUUUAAGAGCUUGGCUUUUCGAGCAUUUUCUCCAUCCGUAUCCAAGUGAUGCAGAUAAGCAUCUGUUAGCACGACAGACUGGUCUCUCCAGAAAUCAGGUAGCAAAUUGGUUCAUCAAUGCGAGGGUGCGGUUGUGGAAACCCAUGGUAGAAGAUAUGUAUCAACGAGAGGCUAUAGAAGAUGAUGAUGACAUGCAAAACCAAAACAGUACUAAUAAUGCACAAACACCAACCUCUAAUAUUAUUACCAAUUCAAAUACACAAACAUUUGCUUCAGACGAAAAAUCCCCAAGCAAUGCCCCGGAAAACGACCCUUCAAUUGUUGCACUGAACAGCCAUAUUUCUUCCUCUAUGCCAACUCAAACAACCAAUUUCCCAACUAUUCAAGAUUCCGACGACACGUUGCCCCGCGGGGGAGCGGUGUCCGGUGGUGGUGAAUAUGGGACCACAAAUGUGGCUAAUAAUUCUGAAAUUGGAUCUACCAUGAUAAGAUUUGGGACCGCUGUGGCUGGUGACGUUUCACUUACCUUAGGACUGCGCCAUGCAGGAAAUCUACCCGAGGAUACUCAUUUUUUUGGUUAACUAAGAUGGGAGUAUUUCAUUUGAAGGCUGGGUGCAACAUACAUGAAUUAUAUAUAUUGUCACGACAUUAGUUUAUACUUAAUUCUGCCAUAGUAAAACCAGAUUUUGUUUCACAUAAUUUUCUCUUGUUAUGAUGCCUCACAAGAUCUAUAUUGAGAAACAGUUGCACUAUAUUGGAGAAUUUGUAAAAUAGACACUUCGAAAACUUAAUAAAAUAUUUAGUAACAAG